AUGAAGUCGUCUGUAGUGAUAAUCUUUAUCUGGAGCAGCUUCUACCUGCGCGGCGAGACUCUGCUGCAGCCCAGUCCUUGUGCUCGGGAUGCCUUUGCGAAUGGUUUGCUGCGCAGUCUGCUCCAACCUGAGACCCCGCAGCCCGUGGUGCUCUUCUCGCCCGCAUCCUUGCAAAAGCUUCUCGUGGCCUUCUACAACUUCACCUACCCGGAUCACAUGCGUUUGCUGGCCCAGGAUUUGUGUCUGAUUGAGGGCCACAGUUUUGUGCCCACCGAGGGGGCGGAGGUGCUCACGGGUCCGCUGCCCGUGCGCUUGCGGCAGGUGACGGCGGAUCUGAUCACGGGUCACAUUGCUGCCGACAUCGCGCAGGAGUACUUCGCGCAGGACUUUGCUGAGCUCGGAUCAGACAUUUUGCUGCGGAAUUACUUCAUUUACGAUGGGCAGCACGAGAUUGCCAGCAGCUUUCAUCGCAGUGUCUGGGAAUACUUCAACGUUGAGGUCCUGUCCAGGCGGCAACGCGGUGUGGGGGCGCUGCUGCAGCAGCUGGGCAUCGGCUCGCCGGAACUGCAGCUCUACAGUGGCCUCCAGUUCCAUGCACAUUUGGAUGAGCAAUUCCGCUCAGUGGGCAGGUACAGCUAUGCACGUGGAGAGUAUCGCUAUGCGGAAGGACUCCGGUUGGGUGGCAAGCUCGUGCCUUGCCUGGGCCUGGAGCUGCCGCUGCUAACGGAGACGAGUCCGAGUCUGCUCACGCUGCUGCUGCUGAUGCCGGCACCCAAAAUGUCGCUGGAACAGCUGGAGGCAGCGCUGCUGAGUGCGGAGCAGCGCAGUUAUCAGCAGCUGGCCGAGCAGCUCAUCCCCACGAGCGUUGCGGUGCGUUUGCCCAAUUUGCAGUUCUACAGCAAGGGUGACGCUGCAGCGUUUCACGAAGGAGAUGACCUGGCUCUUUGAUGCGCAGCUGCCGUACCACGGCAAUCCCCGACGCACUCGCCUCAAGCGCCUCGUGCAGACCGUUCGCCUGCGCAUCCACGCUCCUGGUGGUUCCUCCACGCUCGCAGAGUCCGCCGUCAAUCUGUUGCACUUCUUCUACACCAACAACACAUUCGAUUGCGCCACGCGGCCGUUUCUGUUCGUGGUACGAUCGAAGGAUGUCAUCUACUUCAUGGGCCGCCAUCGCCGCAUCUCCGCCCGGGCAGGCGCACACUUUGGCCGGAUCUAGGGAUCGGCCAGUGCCAGUUGUUACUUUCAUUAGGCUCCGCCGUUCGCGCACUUGACAAUGACGUAUCUGACGAGGCAUGUGAAAAAUUGCAGCUGAAAAA